AUGGCUCGUGCGAAGACGAAGCCUUCUGCCUCGCAAAUCGCGAAGGCACAGGAGCUGCUACAAAGAGCUGGUCUCGAAACCCCGGGCAAGACUCGCUCAUCUCUGUCUACGAAGGCAAGAGGGCAGGAUGCCCAGCUGGCGGCAGCGAAGGCUUCGAAGGCUUCUAAGAAGAAGACGGCAUCACGUCAUCGGGUCCCAUACGUGAGCGAGAUGUACUUGUUGAGGGCCUUGGCUGACCACCAACACAGCUGGCAGAACAAGAAGUGGCAGAAACUGACCGACUACCUCAUACGACGACUGAAGGAUAAGCCCCAGAUUCGUGUUGCAUUCGGUCUGGAAAAGGGUGACGGCGCGACUCCGUCGAGUGCUGGAAUGAACAAGCAAGAUUUUGGCGAAGCUCUCGCACCAUACGUAUUCGAGAAGAAGACUCCGUUCGCUGCUUGGCCGCUCGAGGUGCAAGGAACUGCCAUCGUCAAUCGCAUUGAUGUGAUGAAGAAGAAGUACAUCAAGCAUCACACCGACCUUGGCGAAACAGGUCAAGGGCUUGUCGACAAGGAUAAAGAAGACGAGAUAUGGGAUGGCAGCAAAAUUGCCAAUAUAUGGGACAAAAUAUGCCGGAAUUUUCCGUGGUACAAAGACAUGGACGAGCUGAUGCGUCGCAGUCCCGCACUCACGACGAAGGCUGUGACGAACAGCCAGUCACCGGUCAAGACUGGUGGCAUACGUGGAAUGAAGGGUGGCCUCUCUGAUUCUGACUCGUCCGAAGACGAGGACGACGAGGACGACGAGGACGACGACAGCUCUAAUUCCGACGAUUCCAUGCCCGAUCCGCGGACGGUCACAUUCGCGCCCACAUUCACGUUCACGCUCGCACUCCCAUGGACGGACCCCUUCACAGUGGUCACGUUCUCGUUCGCACUCGCAAUCUCGCCCGCAUUCUCUCUCGCGUCGUCCUUCCCACUCCCCCUCAGAUUAGCUGUUGGGGACUCCACCGCGAGCACUACCCCAUCGCAAUCACACAAACGUGCUCGCUCUCAAGAUGACCAUCACAAUCGUGAUCGCGGGCUGGAUGGCCCUGUCAUACCGCGUCUCUUCGCCUCACCUACAGCAUCGCCCCGCCGUUCUUGUCACAGUGCUGGUGCAACAGUGGUGACAAGGUCGUCUUCGGGUCACAAGCACACUCCCACACAACGACCAUCCACACCCGCUCCAUCUGCAUCGUCGCUCCCAAAGAAAAAGGGCCUCGCUGCCAUUGGGAGCGACAUCAAGGAAGCUGUUGAAGUGGCUGGUCGCUCUCGUGUCGAGUCCCAGCGAGUGAAGACGGAGUUGCACGAGAAGAACAAGUUCGACAUGGAGAAGCUACGCCUUGAGUUCCAAGCUGUGGAAGCUCAGAAGCAACGUGAUUUCCAACGUGAGAUGAUGGAUCGUGAGCUUGCCUUGCUUCAAGCUCGUCGUGGAUUGCCAGUACAGCCCAUUGCCCAACCUAAUCCAUAUGCUGCUGCUGAUCCCUAUGACCCCCAAGCUCCUACUGCACCUUAUCUAUUCAUCGACCCUAACCUACACUAA